CGCCGCCGCCAGGACAGCACCCGCCCCUCUCCCCUCCGCGAAUAGUAGCGCUGGGGCGGCGGUGAGAGCUAGAAGCCGGCCCGUGACCAUGGCCUUGGCUUGACAGAACCUCCCGGACAGCCGGGAGGGUGAGGACAGCAGGGCCGGACGACGCCCGCGGGAGCCGCGGCCGAGAGACCCGCCCGGGGGCAGAGACGGGCGCGGAGACCAGAGGCCUGGGCCGGCCCAGCAGCAAGAGCAGGAAGCGGGGUCCCGGAGCCCCUUUGUGUGAAGGGCGGAGGAGGAGUGGGGGCAGCCUCUGGCUGGGGGCUCCUCCGUCACCAGCCUGCCCGCUAGGGCCCCCAGAUCUGCGGCCUCUAGCUCUUGCCUCAGAGGGGCGCGUUUCAUCUCCCCACCCUCACUGGCCUUCUCCAAGCUCGCCCUCCUCCCCACGCCCCCUGCCUGGGCUUCAGUUCCUAUAGGAGGGGCAUUACCAUCCCAUCCCCACCCACCCCGACUCUUUGCUCUCUCCCCUCCCCCGCCUUUAACUUCCUCUUCUUCCCCUGUUGGGCCCUCUGGUUCUCUGCACUCUCCUCCCCAGUUCCGCAGAUUUCCGCCCACUUUCUUCCUCGCCAGGCAGCGGCGGGGCUUUAUUUUUCUUCCCUCGUGUUGGCGUUGGUGAAGGUGAGAUUCAUGAGGGAAUACAAGGUAGUGGUGUUAGGGAGCGGAGGGGUUGGCAAAUCUGCCCUGACUGUGCAGUUUGUCACUGGGACUUUCAUUGAGAAAUAUGACCCCACCAUUGAAGAUUUCUACCGCAAAGAGAUCGAAGUGGACUCUUCUCCGUCGGUGCUAGAAAUUCUGGACACCGCAGGAACUGAGCAGUUUGCCUCCAUGAGAGAUCUCUACAUCAAAAACGGCCAAGGUUUCAUCCUGGUUUAUAGUCUCGUUAAUCAACAGUCUUUUCAGGAUAUCAAGCCAAUGAGAGAUCAGAUUGUCAGAGUGAAGAGAUAUGAAAAAGUCCCACUAAUCCUAGUAGGAAAUAAAGUGGAUCUGGAACCAGAAAGAGAGGUUAUGUCUUCAGAAGGCAGAGCACUGGCUCAAGAAUGGGGCUGCCCUUUCAUGGAGACAUCGGCAAAAAGUAAAUCAAUGGUGGAUGAACUUUUUGCUGAGAUCGUCAGGCAAAUGAACUAUUCAUCCCUGCCCGAGAAGCAAGAUCAGUGUUGUACAACUUGUGUUGUCCAGUAAAAAAGAUAACCUCAAUCAUGGCCAUACCGAGCAGAUAAAACUCAGAGGAAAUUUGCACAGAUGCUGCUUUGGAGAACUUUACAACCUGGGUUGCAGAACUGAGCCUUGGUAAACCUGUCUCUAUUACAGCAUGUUGCCAUACAUCUAAUUAAGUGCAUAAGGUCUUUGGCCUUCAAGAUCCAUUGACCUUAAAUAAGAAUGCUUAGCACGUUUACCAUAUGUUUAAAAUCUAUUCUUUAUCAAUCAGUCCUUUUAUAGCUUUCUAAGUUCUUAUUGAUGGCUAAUAUGCAAGAAUUAAUUUUUAAUAUUUUAAUUGAUUUCUUUAAUCAGUUUCUCAAGUUGUAUUUAUUAAAUACUCAAACUCAGUAUUACCUACUCAAUGCCUUUUAAAAGAAAGUUAUAAUGGAGAAAAAAUUGAGCCUUAAACAAAUGGUUACUUCUGUAUAUUACCUCGCACCAGUGCUUCAUUCUAUUUGUAAAAUCUUUCUCCUUUAAAUUGUUGGUUAAUACUUUGAGACUUUGUUUACGUGUGGCAGUGUUGUAAAAAGGAACUAAAAAUCACAUUUUUACCUAUAUGGAUGAAAUAUCCCUUCAAGUGCAGUUUGUGAUGUGUUUUAGUAGUUAACAUGUUAUGCAAGUUUCAAAUGGUAUUUGUAGAGCAGAGGUCCCCAACCUUUUUGGCACCGGGACUGAUUUCGUGGAAGAUGAACCUGGGGUGGAGGUUGGGUUCAGGGUGAUUCAAACUCAUUACAUUCAAGCUCACCUCCUGCUGUGUGGCCGGGUUCCUAAACAGGCCCGGUGCCUAUCUGCUUCCCGGAGGUUGGGGACCCCUGCUGUAGAGCAUUUAGCUAAAGAUUUAAGCAUUUGAUUCCAUUAGGUUUUUCACAGGUGUUAAUCUCAUUUACAGCAUCAAAUUUCAGCAGUAACAUUUUCCUUUCUGUUAAGUUCUAAAUUUAGUUAUGACCUACUUAGCAAUGCCUUUGAAAAGGGAUAUUGUAUCCAUGGUAAAUUAAUUGUAUACCUAAACAGAGAUAGCUCAGCUUUGCCUGUCAGGCUUGUAUUGACAUCUAAUGGACUUCUGCACAUGUAAAAUUGAAUUCAAGUAAAGUCAUAUACACUUUCUAGUUCUUAAUAUUCGUCUUUCCAAAUAAUAGUUUAAAGCAAUAUUUGUUAACAUUUUCUUGCACUAUCACAAUUGCUUUGUAGUUUAUUUUAAAGAAGCAUGUUCGUAGUAGAGACAAAAAAGAAAUCUGUGUAACAGGAGGGACAAUAGCGCCAAGUCUCUGGGCUUUUUUUUUUCCCCCCCAAAUGUGCUUCUAAUAGCCAUUGCCUUCCAUGUUGUUUACCUAAUAGCACAUUUUGUCUGAAUACUUGAACAUUUUAUCAGUAACACAGGUAUAGAAACAGAAAGGAAACUUAUAAAGAGUAAUCUUUAGGUUUGUUUUUCACAUCAUGACAAGCUCUUUUUCUAGCAAUGAUUUUAAAAUUUUGUAAGUUUGACAGUAUUUUGUUGUUGGGUUUUUAUUUGAUUUAAUUGUGUGCAUUUAAUUUUGCAGAAGUUGGUAACUGCAGCUCACCUACUGCACCAAAGUUCCCAAUUUUAGGAGCCCAGCUUUAGUCAUUUGAACAUGCUUCUAAAUAAAACAAACAAACAAACAAAAAACCAAAAUUAUACUUUUGAUCUAUAAUAAUAGCUCAAUAACUUUGUCAAGGAAUGCUCUAAUAUAUGCAGUGAUGGUUUAUGGAAGGGUGUGGCAAUUUUAAAUUUAUAUUGUGUGUGAUGUUCAAAUAAACUGAUAUCUACAUUCAUGUGAUUUAUUGGUCAGCAUGACCAUUAAUUAUUGCAUAGAAUUUGAUUAAACUUUGAUUUCCUUUUUUAAAAUCGUGUUGCAUUUGAUUCCUGAUCAAAUUCCCUCAAAGUUAAUGCUUGAUCUUGAAUUUUGGAUUUUAUGGUAAGAUUGUAAGGAUGGAGGCAAUUGAAACAUUAUUUCUUAUUUAUUAACUGCUUAAAAUGAAUACUUAAGUUUGCACUUUAAUACCAAACUUAAAACCAAACACUCAGUUCAAAGUAGUUUAAGUAAUUGUGGUUCGUUUUUAUUAGCUUUGUGAAAUUCUAAAGGAAUCAAAUAAUUCAUGAUGACUUCAAUUUUCUGCACAUGGAUUUUUUUUUAAUACAGUGUUUCUUUCCUAUGAGUAGUUCUCAUUCUCAUUCCCCCCUCCCCCAUCUCUUUCUCGUUGUCCCUCCUUCCCUAUCUUUCUCUGUCAUUAACCUCAGCAGCAAAUUUAACUUGAAUUAACUUAGGAUCUUAGGAAUCAGGGGAAAGUGAUUUAAAGGUGGUUUUUCCAGCACAUUUUAAGAAAAGGGACCAAAAGUUAUUUUAGCUUCCUCAAUAGAUUGCAUGUCAGGUUGCUUAUUAGGAAAAUAAAUUAAUAUUAAAUGCAAUAUAUGUGUUGUCUUUACUAUGGCAUCUGUUUAGGAGUUGUUCAAAUCACUGCAGUAGGGCUCUGCAAAUAAAAUCAUGUAGCCUAUUAUCAUGGAUCUAAUGUACUGUAACUUUAUCAAUGAGAGGUAAAAAUCUCAAAUAACAAGUACAAACAUUGAACAAUGACCUAUAAAGAUUUGUAAAAGUAAAUUUUUCCAAUAGAUUUCAUUCUUGUCAUUUUGUAA